GCUGUUUUGUCGGCUUUACCUUAUAAAGCAUCAGGCAGGAAUCAAGGAAAUGUGACAAGAGUUCAGUGUAUCGAGCCAGCUUAAACCCAGAGAUCCCGCUUGCUCUGUUCAUUCCACCUGGUUUACACAAGUUGGCUCGACAGUGCAGUCUUUAGUGAAGAUAUGAAAUUACUUUUUCUCGCUUGUCUCAAACCUAAAACUGGGAACCGCACUACAGCUGAAAGAAUAAGGUCUCACAUUGAAUCGGCAGGACACACCUGUGAGCUCAGAGAUGCAGGAGAAUUUGUGUCUCCUGCUGAUGUGAACAAUCUAAUAUCUCAAAAUCCUCCCUUUGAGGCUGCCCUGGCAAUUCAUCUGUUCAGAGCAGGCAGACUACUCCUGGACGUCCAAGUGCCCUUUGGUGUGAUUUUCGGUGGAACAGACAUCAAUGAAGAUGUGAAAGUUGAACAGAAGCGUGUGGUUAUGGAGCAGGUGCUACGGAAAGCCAGGUUUGCUGUUGCAUUUACUGACAAACUGAAAGAAGAGGCAGAAUUAUUCCUGGUUUCCCAGAGUGGUAAAAUCUACAUCCAGCCCCAAGGUAUCCAUACAGAAGUGACUGAGAAUUUCUGCUGGACUGAAUUCUUGAGGAGUUCAGGUGUAAAGAGUCAGCAUGUGGAUGACCUGCGUGUCUUUCUACUGGUCUGUGGUCUCAGGAAAGUCAAGGACCCUCUGUAUUUAGUGAAGGCCUUUUCAGACUGGCAUUGUGAUAAUCAACUGAAUGUAUUGAUCAUCAUUGGACCAAAGAUUGAUCCUGUGUUUACUGCUGAGGUGAAAGCUGCUGUUAAAAGAACAACAGGAGUCUUCGUGGCCCCGGAGAGAAGUCAACAGGAGCUACAUGCUGCCAUGAAAAAGUGCUUUGCUGUGGUCAACAGCUCUGUGUCAGAGGGCAUGUCAGCUGCCAUCCUGGAGGCAAUGGAUCUCAGUGUACCUGUGUUGGCAAGAAACAUUCCAGGGAAUGCAGCGUUGGUCCGGCAUGAGGUCACCGGCCUGCUGUACUCUUCUCCUCAGGAAUUUUUGCACCAGUGUCAGAGGUUGUUGUCAGAUCACAUGCUGAGAGAGAGAGUGGUGAAGAAUGGAAAACUUUAUGUGGAAAAGCAUCACAACCUGAAAAAGGAGAGACAAACCUACACACACCUGGUGGACACGCUGCAGUUAGUGUGAGGUCGCAUCACUCAACCUGACUGGAAACUUUCUCAGGAACAUCGGCAGCACAGAGCAGGACAUCCAAUAUGCACUUUUUAACAUCAAAUAUGCACAGUACUUUUUUCUAUCUUUAUUUGCACAAAAUAAUAAUGUUUUAUCUGUACUGCCAGCUGGGAUAUUAUGCUUUUCGGCACUUUGAACCAAAGACAAUGUUGGGGGUUUUUAAUUUUAUGCAUGUAAACCUGAUAUUAUACCGUGACAUACAUUUUAAUUUUAAGACAUCAAAAGGACAGAUUUGUUGUUGUUGCUUAGUCAUUAUAUUUAUUAAAAGAGAUAUAAUCCCACUGGCUGACCUUGACUGUGUGCUAAAGUGUAAACGUUAUGAUGCCUUUUAUCCUAUUGAGAGACAAUAACUUUCCAGGUUGUCUGCUAAAUCAUUCAUUUUUAUUUUAAUGCAGCUGUCUAAUUCAAGAGCUAGGAAAACCUGAAAAUUAUUUAAAGGGCAGAGCAACAAAUAGGCUUUUCCAGUUUCCAGCACAAAGAUUAAAUGUUGUAACACUCUUGGGCAUGGGAUGGAUAGAAAAUCUGUAAAAUAAUUAAAUAAGUAAUAACACCAAAAAUAACCAACACAGCAAUUGUGAAUGUAAAUGAGUCGUUGCCAUGUUUACUAUUGUCAGCUGUAUGUAUAUAUAAAAAACCCAAAUAAGAAAACAACUGGAACCGUAUGGAAACAUUUAAAAAAAAAACAUUGAUUCAUUCAUUUUUACAUUUACUCUGACUUUGAUUUUGACUGGGGAGUCAAAUUUAUUGAGUUAUUUUUUUUGUGUCUGUCUUUGUUCUUUAUACAGCACAUAUAAUGUAUAAAUGCAGAUAUCCACAUGCAGCAUUUUACUAUUUUGUGGUUUCAAAUAUUGUGUAAAUAAGAAUACAUCUGGUCAGCCAUCUGGACCAUUAUCACACCCAUUCACUCU